UUUGAUUUUAUCUUCAUCUCAUUUUCUCUGUUUCUAACACAAAAGUGAAAGAGAUGGAAGCAACAUAUGGCAUAUCUGCAUUCAUAGUUCUUUUGAUAGCACUGGUUUGGGCAUGGAGCAUAUUGAAUUGGAUAUGGCUGAAACCAAAGAAGCUAGAAAAGUUGCUAAGGGAACAAGGCGUUAAGGGGAAUCCAUAUAGGUUAUUAGUUGGAGACAUAAAAGAUCUUCUUAAGAUACAAAAAGAAGCCACAUCUAAACCCAUGAAUCUCUCUGAUGAUGUAGUGCCUUAUGUGUUUCCCUUUGGCCAACAAAGUGUUGCAAAACAUGGAAAGAAUUCCUUUAUAUGGUUGGGACCAAUACCAAGGGUGAUCCUCACAGAUCCUGAACUUGUUAAAGAAGUUUUCAAUAAAAUCUAUGACUUUCAAAAGCCAAAUUCAAAUCAACUUGUGAGAAUACUGGCUACUGGUCUUAUAGUCCAUGAGGGAGAAAAGUGGAGCAAGCAUAGAAAGAUAAUCAAUCCUGCAUUCCAUUUAGAAAAAUUGAAGCUGAUGUUACCGGCAUUCUUUCAAAGUUGCAAUGAUUUGAUUAACAAAUGGGAGGGAAUCUUAUCUUCAGAUGGAUCAUGUGAAGUUGAUGCAUGGCCUUUUGUUCAAAAAUUGGCAAGUGAUGCUAUUGCUAGAACAGCUUUUGGAAGUAGCUAUGAAGAAGGAAUGAGAAUAUUUGAACUUCAAAAGGAACAAGCUGAACUUACAAUGAAAGUUUUGGUGACAGGUUACAUCCCUGGUUGGAGGUUUCUUCCAACUACUACAAACAAAAGGUUGAAGGAAAUUGAUAGGGAUGUAAUAGCUUCUUUAACUGAUAUGAUUAAUAAGAGAGAAAGAGAAAUAAAGGUAGGUGAAGCUACUAAGAAUGACUUGUUAGGUAUUCUUCUUGAGUCAAAUCACAAGGAAAUUAAAGAAAACAACAAUAAAGACGUUGGAAUGAACCUUGAUGAUGUAAUCAAGGAAUGCAAGUUAUUCUACCUUGCGGGAGAAGAAACCACGUCCGUUUUGCUUGUUUGGACAAUUAUAUUAUUGAGUAGGCAUCCUAAUUGGCAAGCGCGUGCAAGACAGGAAGUUAUACAAGUUUUUGGCAACAAAAAACCAGAUUUUGAUGAACUAAGCCGUCUUAAGAUUAUGACGAUGAUUUUAUACGAGGUUCUAAGGUUAUACCCGCCAAUAAUUGCGCUUCCUCGAGAAGUUCAAAAAGAUGUAAAGGUUGGAAACCUAACUAUACCUGCUGGAGUGCAAUUUUUCUUACCCGCACUUUUGGUUCACCAUGACACAAAGCUAUGGGGUGAUGACGCUAAUGUGUUCAAUCCUGAAAGAUUUUCUGAAGGUGUUUUAAAGGCAACAAAUGGAAAAACUUCAUUUUUUCCAUUUGGAGGAGGUCCAAGACUUUGCAUUGGACAAAACUUUACCAUGUUGGAAGCAAAGAUGGCAAUAGCAAUGAUUUUGCAACAUUUCUCAUUUGAACUUUCUCCAACCUAUGCUCAUGCUCCAAUUACGGUGAUUACCCUUCGGCCAAAACAUGGUGCUCAAAUCAUUCUACGUAAAUUGGAAAUAUAAAAAAUCUAUACAUGUAAUAAUAAUAGAAAUCUUUGAAAUUGUUUCAUGUGUUUGCUUUUAUUUUAUUCAUAAUAAAAACUAGUUCUGGAUGAUAAAAAUUUGGUGUGUUUAUAUAAGAUUAUCUAA